CUUGUCACGGUGGUGAAGCAGUCACAGUUUAAUGCCAGCCGAGAGCCACAAAACCACGUGUUGCCCAGUUAAAGAAAUAUAAACUAAAUUAGGGACGAUGGCUGAUAGAAAACGCUACAAAAUUUCGCAAAAAAACAUAAAUAAAUAUAUGUCUAAUAGGUGAAAGUUAUAUAGUAACUGAAAGAUGUGCGGAUCACGAGAAACGAGCAAUUCCCUUUGACAGCCUGGCAGCUGUGACCCAAAGAGUCUCACUUUGAGACUUCUGGGGACCAACCAGCAUGGGAAGUUUACGCGAUAAUGCUGAAAAACCUGAUGUCUCUGAGUGAAAACCGAAUAAAGAAGGAUUUGGAUUUCCACACUUAUAAUGCUGAAAAACCUGAUGUCUGAGUGAAAACCGAAUAAAGAAGGAUUUGGAUUUCUACACUUAUAAUGCUGAAAAACCUGAUGUCUCUGAGUGAAAACCGAAUAAAGAAGGAUUUGGAUUUCCACACUUAUAAUGCUGAAAAACCUGAUGUCGCUGACUGAAAAACCCACGAAAGGAGGAUUUGCACACUUGGCACCCUUACAUGAUGCCAACAAAGUGAACGGACAUACGGAAAAAGAAUAAUAAUAAAAUUAGGUUUACGAACAUAGAAUGCAACUUGCGACAAUUUGAAUUUUUAAACAUUUUUGAGGAAGUGUUUGAAUUACUAAGGCUCUCUUUAUUAGGUCCAACACUGACCCACGCCGUCCAAGAUUGGGGAACUGCUUCUAAGACUCAGCCCAAUAGGCUUAGAGUAAUACAAUCGCGAGCGGCACGACAUUCAUCUGGGCUAAAAGUUGUACCACUGGGAGACCAAAUAAACUUCCACAUUAAGCAUUAGGUUAAGCUCAGAAGGAACUGAACGAUUCCUAGUGACUUUAUGAUUAAUGGAUAAUAAAGGAUUUUUCCAAAAAAAAAAAAGGAAUGGAAAAAUAAAACCGAAAAAACAUUGAUACAUCGUGUAGGCUAGAGUAACUAAUUCAAAGUCAGUAAAGUUUUUACAACUUGAUCAAAUCACUUUUGUUAUAAUGAGGUUUCGGUCGCUGAAGAACAUCUGGCCAAAAGAGAAGUUGGAGCAAUUCCUAUUUUUGUUCAUUUUAUGUGGCUUGCCCGCCAUAUACUAUGUUCUAAUGGAGAUUAUGCUGCCGGAGUUGUCGGAUUACUGGUCACCUGGCUACGUAUUUCAGCUGCUGCUGGGACUGUUCCUCUUUUCGAAUGUGAUGUCCAACUAUGUCAUGUGCAUCCUGGUGGACCCCAGCAUCGAUCCCAAGCUAAUGAAGACUCAGAUGGAGCGCGGACAGCACAGUGAGGACUGGCACGAGUGCGACAAGUGCGGGAUUCUUGCUCCACCCCGGUCACGUCACUGCAGGAAGUGUGGUGUCUGUGUCUUGAUGCGAGAUCAUCACUGCUUCUUUACGGGCUGCUGCAUUGGUCAUGAGAACUAUAGAUACUUUUUCUAUUUUCUUAUCUACUUUUUUCUAAGCUGCAUGAUAUCACUAACGUCGUCCUCGAUAUUUAUUUACGUGCUGCAUGGGGGCAGAUACCAGCUCUUUAUGCUGCCUCAUCCCGCACCGAACUCUGCCUAUUUUAACUCGCUUAUUAUGAGGAUAAUCUACUUUAAGUUGCCCGAUAUAUACGAGCUGGUGUUCUUUGUGGUAUUCGUCCUGCUGUGGAUCGGGGUAUGCGUAGCUACUUAUGUGGCUUAUGAUCAGUGGUCUCGUGGCUGUUUUUGCUAUGAUUUUGAACAUCAAAUCUUUCCUUUUGACCGAAAACUGCGCCGGAACUUCAAGACCUUCUUGGGCAGGCGAAUGAGGUGGACCUGGAUCUCCGGAUUCGUUCCCAGCCAGCUGGACCACGACGGAUUUGAUUUGGAUCCAGAAAACGAACGUGUGGCAGAUCCGUGCUCAGAAACAACCAUCAAGGAUGGCUAAAUUAUUGUAUAUAUUCUCUGUGUUUUCCGAAUUGCCGGUGCGAUGAAAAAUUUAAAAUUCGGAUUCAUUCGAGUAUAGUUUAGGCAUGCAAGAAAAUUGUCCAAAUUAAAAAGCAAAUACUUUAGAUUUCUUUA